AUGAUUGCAAAGUAUCUUGCCAUUGCCCUCGCUGUGGCAGCACCAAUGGCGAACGCUGCCGAGUAUUGGGAAUCCUGGUCCUCCAAGGUGGAUCCUACCAAAAUCACUCUUCCUAAGAUCAAGCAAACCACCUCGCAUGAUGAAACCACACAAUGUACAGCGUACGAUGCAUCUAGCUCCUUUGAAUUCGAUCCCAAGGAAUGGCCAACCACAUGGGAAGUAGCCACUAGCAAUGGCAUGGACAAGAGUGCCGAAUUUACUGCGUUGUACAAGUCAAUCCCUUGGAAAUCGAUGCCUGAUAUCCCAGUGCGUCAAUUGACACCUGAUGGUGGCGUCAACAUGACCGGCUAUAAUCCUGAAGAUCCCGAUUGCUGGUGGUCAGCUACUACAUGCACCAAGCCAAAGCAUAAGGGUAUCAAUGCUGAUAUCUAUCAUUGCCCUGAACCAGAAACUUGGGGUUUGACUUUUGAUGAUGGCCCUAAUUGCUCUCACAAUGCGUUCUAUGACUUUUUGCAGCAAGACAUGAAGCUCAAGGCAACCAUGUUUUACAUCGGAUCCAACGUAAUUAAUUGGCCUUAUGGUGCUAUGCGUGGUGUCAAGGAUGGUCAUCAUAUCGCCCAACACACUUGGUCUCACCAAAUGAUGACUACUUUGAGUAACGAAGAAGUACUUGCUGAACUCUAUUACACCCAAAAGGCCAUUAAGAUGGUAACUGGUAUUACGCCUCGUCAUUGGCGACCUGCCUUUGGUGAUGUUGAUGAUCGUGUUCGUUGGAUUGCCACUCAAUUGAACUUGACCACUAUCCUUUGGGAUCUCGAUACCGAUGAUUGGGCUGCUGGUGCUGAAGAACCCAUGUCCACUGUCAAGAAGCAUUAUGAAGAUUUCAUCAAGAUGGGCAAGAAUGGCACCUAUGCCAAGCAUGGCAACAUUGUUCUUCAGCAUGAAAUUGAUGCUACGACCAUGAAUCUCGCUAUGGAGUAUCUUCCCAAGAUCAAAAAGAAUUACAAGCAUGUUGUUGAUGUUGCCACGUGCAUGAACAUCACUCAUCCCUACAUGGAAAAGACCGUGACCUUCCCCACAUUUGCCAAGGCUACCAAUACAUCAUCCACCAACAGCACUUCCUCUAAGAAGAACCCAUCAUCAAGUUCCUUGUCACAUGAAUCAUCGAGCACAGCAACAUCAGUUUCCAACAAAGCUUCCUCGAGCAAAGAAGAUGAAGAAUCAUCAGCUUCGAUGACAUCUCCCGAGAAUAUCAUUUUGGCUGCAGCUGCAGUUUUGUCAGCGUUGCUCGUUUGA